AUGGCUGCCAUGGGUCCACCAGGUGGUGGAAGGAAUCCAGUCACACCUCGUUUUCUGAGACACUUCAACAUUUGCACGAUUAAUACCUUUAGUGAUGAAACAAUGGUCCGGAUUUUCUCUACUGUUGUAUCUUUCUACCUCAGAGCAAAUGAAUUUAUCCCAGAAUACUUCACAGUUGGAAACCAAAUUGUCAGUGGCACUAUGGAGGUACAGUGCCAAUAUAUACACUGCAUUUCUGGUUUACCUGCACAGGCAGAAUAUAUAGGUGACUUCCAGGCGGGUCAGAGGGUCUCAAAGGCAUAUCAGUUCUGAAAGACACGUAGCUGGUGUUUUUUUUAAAAGAAAGGCACAUGAAAAGGCUUUUGAAAUUAAGAUUUCAGAGGGCAGUUCAGACAUCUCUGUGUAUGUCUGCACAUGCACAUUCAGUUAAAACUCCUUUUCUUGACUCAAAGUGCUUUUUACUGUUACAGAUUAAUUAGACUAACUAUGGACUAACCAUUUAGGAUGAAAGGUAUAGCCAUCUAUCUGCCUAUUCUGGCUAGUUUCCAAGGGGGGAUAGUUUCUAAUGCUUUGCUACUUUCUCCUUUAGUUUGUUCUUCAUGUUUCUGCUGCCAGUGGAAGGAUCGCAAGGCAGUCUGACCUCUCUAGGAAGGGAAUGCCAAUGUCUGGGAGCAACCACUGAGAAUCCCUUCUCUUCCCCACCCCCCAAAUCUGCCUGUGAGGGUGGAGGGAAUGAGAGAAUGGCCUCCCCAGAAUAUCUCAGAACCUGGGCAGGUUCAUAUGGGAGAAUAUAGUCCAUCAGAUAGCCUAGCAUUAAGCCAUUAUGACGACUGCUUACCUUCUAUAGUUCAAUCUGCAAUACUGAUAUUGUUCAACUUAAUGCCAUGUAGUAUUAUUCAGUUCUUCAUAUAUUAUACACAGCUAUAAAGGCUCCAGUACUGACAUUUCGGCUGUUUUCUGACAUCAAUCUUGCAGCAAUUUAAGGAUGUGUCAGCAUAGAGGAUAUUCAGGAAUCUGAUGCUCUGUAGUUAUUCAGCAUCCAGUCUUCUGUGGUCCUUCCCUUUCGUUGUAGCUCAUUUAUGGUCAGUGUGGACAUUGUCCCAAGUGCAGAGCAACAACAAUGCAGUUUUUCUUUUAAAUUCUGCAUUCACAUUUUUUCAGGGAAAUAUUCUACAUGUACAAAACCAAGAGUGCAAGAAACAUCUGUGUGCCCUAAGUAUGAAAAGUAUUUAAGUACAAAACUUAAUUUAAAUAGUUUUGUUAAUUUUUCUUUCAAUCUUCAAGGUAUAUAAGAAGGCCAUGGACAACCUGUUACCAACACCCGCCAAAUCCCAUUAUACAUUCAAUCUGCGUGACUUUGCACGAGUUAUCCUAGGCUGCUUGCUCAUCAAGAAGGAUUCAGUUGUAAACAAGCAUACAAUGGUGCGUCUUUUUGUACAUGAAGUAUUUCGAGUAUUUUAUGACCGCCUUGUGGAUGACACUGAUAGAGCUUGGCUGUUCAAACUAAUGAAGGAUAUUGUGAAAGAACAUUUCAAAGAAUCAUUUGAUGCAGUGUUUUCACAUCUGAGACAAGGAAAUGCACCAGUGAGUAUUCAUAUUGUUUAUUACAAGAUGAUCACUCUCUUUUUCUCUCCCAUAUUCAUGUGUAUUUCUGCCUGACUAGUUUUAUUGGAACCAAAGCAAAACCAUACCACCUUGUAUCACUCCAUGUGCAAAAAGCAAUCUUGUCUGUUGGGGAUUAGGAAAACAUUGAUAUUAUUUAUGUACAUAUAGAUACAUAAAGUAUCUCAAUUGCUGUAAAUAAGUCUAGCAAUUCAAGAUGCAACGCUUGAUAAGUAACGCUGACUAACAGACAGACACACUGCUGAGCUGACAUGCAUUUGUCACAGAUAUAGUCAAGACACUGUGCCGUUGUCAUAGCAACUGGCUCGGCUGAGCUUGCACCUGUGAUUAGUUCACCCAUGAGGUGAUUUAUGCUAUUGAAGGAAAUUAACUCCUGCUCAUGUCCAGUUAUUUCAACAACACACACACACAACACACAACAAUUAUAAAAUAAUAGACAUUUUGUUAGACACAAAUAAAUAAGUAGAUAAAUAUAUUUAUUUGAGACCAUAUGUGUCCCGUAUAUUUAUAUUACGAAAACAUCACAGUUGGGUUGCCUGUGCCCAUGGGGCCAAAUGCAAAAUGUCAGUGACUGAAACAGCAAAUAAAUAUAAUUGUAUAAUGUUAAGUUAACAAAACAAAACAAAAAAAUGAAAAGAGGAAUAACUUCUAUUGUGAAUGUAUAUAUUUAAAUUGUACAUAGAAUUGUCAGACAAUUGUCUUACAAUUUGAUACAGUUACUGAGGACCCAAAUGGGUUGGGUUAUGACUCCCGUCCUGUGACGAAGGCAGGAGAGCAAUGAACUCUGGGAGGGAGGCUCAGUCCCCUUCAGUUUUUUCUCUCCUGUCUGACGGAUCAGGUCCUUUUCUCCCGGCUCUCUCUGAUCUUCUCUGUCAGCUAAGUGUUUUUACCUUUAACAGUACUUCAUUUCUACUCCUUUUUGGUUCCCUCCUAUAUCCUUUCACUUUAUAGUAUUGUGUCCGUGUCCGUUUUCAAACUUUCCUCGUUUCUUUUCUUAUCUCCGCUCAGGAAAAACAACAACAAAGAAACAAACCUUUCCCUCGUAGGUCUUACUUUCACUUUCCUUCCCAUUCCCUUGCUUCCUCUAAUUGACUGCAGGCAAGGUUUUAUUAUUAUUUUUAUUUUGGAUCCCUAACGUGCCAACGGUUUUUUCUCUCCAAAGUGACUGUUGGCCUCUGCAACUGUCCUCUGCCAUCACUGGCUCCUUAGCAACAAUUGCCACCACAUUCCGAUUGGAUUACAGUGGUACCUCAGGUUACAUAUGCUUCAGGUUACAGACGCUUCAGGUUACAGACUCCGCUAACCCAGAAAUAUUACCUCGAGUUAAGAACUUUGCUUCAGGAUGAGAACAGAAAUCAUGCUCCAGCGGCACGGCAGCAGCAGGAGGCCCCAUUAGCUAAAGUGGUACCUCAGGUUAAGAACAGUUUCAGGUUAAGAACGGACCUCCGGAACGAAUUAAGUACUUAACCCAAGGUACCACUGUACAAUUUCUCUCUCUCUCUCUCUCUCUCUCUCUCUCUCUCUCUCUCUCUCCUGUGGAUAGCAUUCAUGCACUCCAACUGAGGAUUGGAAGUGUGUUUUAAUCCACAAAAACUAUGCCACAAUAAAUGUUUUAGUUUCUAAAAGGCACCACAAGAUCCUCUGUUAUAACGGGGCCUUUAUUACCUUCUUAAAAUAGGUUGUUAAGACAUUUAGGCUUGCUUAUUUGUUUAUUGCAUUUGUAUCCUAUCUUUUUCUCCAAGGCACCCACGGUGGCUUGCAUAGUUCUUUCCCUACUCAUUUAAGCACCACAACAACCCUAUGAGGUAGGUUAGGCUGAGUGGCAGUGACUGGCCCAAGGUCACCCAAUAAGCUUCAUGGCUGAGUGGGGAUUUGAACCCUGGCCUCCUAGGCCCGAGUCUGACACUCUAACUGCUCUGUUGUAGACUAUAUGCGAUUUAUUUUCUGCCAAUAGGUAACUGAGGAAGAUAUGAGAAAUCUGUUGUUUGGAGACUACAUGAAUCCAGAUCUUGAAGGAGAUGAAAGACUUUAUUUUGAAAUUCCAAGUGUACAAAUGUUUAGUGAUGUUGUGGAUUUGUGUUUGGAUGAAUAUAACCAAACUCAUAAAACAAGAAUGAACCUAGUAAUUUUCAGGUGCAUACUUUUAAUUAUUUAUAAUGAUUUAUGUGGUACUUUGUCAGGGUUUGUAUAGAUUAUUUCUCUUUAGAACUGUGGUAUCUGGGGCUGCUUCUUAGGGUGCUUCCAGACAGAAUUUUACUUAAGAUGAUCCAGGCAGAACUUAAUCAACUGACUUGCUGAUUCUCACCAACUAUUUGUACAACCUGCUGCAACAUGUCAGCUGUUUCAAAAAGGCCACAGCUGGUGGUAUACACAUGCAUUACUGUGAAAAGUCUUAGUAAAUAUCCUCUCAAAUAUCCACAGUGUGUUUGCUUUAAAUUUAAAUGCACCUGAGGAGACACCUACUCCUACAACUUAUAAGGUGACAGCAAUCUUUCAUGAUCUGGCCAAAAAGUCUUAAUCCAGAGUAGUAGUAUUAGUAGUAACAACAGCAACAACAAUUUAUUACUUAUACCCUACCCAUCUGGCUGGGUUUCCCCAGCCACUCUAGCGGCUUCCAACGGGGGAUUAAAAAUACAUUAAAGCAUCGGUCAUUAAAAACUUCCCUAAACAAGGCUGCCUUCAGAUGUCUUCUAAACGUCAGACAGUAGAGAGAGAGUAGUGAAACUCCCUUCCAUGCUCCCUAAAGUCAUACAGUCUGAAUCGGAUAGCCCAGUGAAAUAUAAUAAGUCAAUGCCAUAUUUCAAAUCCAGACAGAAAAGUUGUUGAGUUUUUUGAGCUUUUUUAAUUUUUGCCCAAACUUUUAAGGAAAUUUGCACUUCCGACAUAGAAGUCAGAUUUUCCUGGACAUAAAGGUGAUUUCCUCCCGGUCAAUAAUAAAUACUUAACUAACUGAGAUUCUGCCCCCUCCCCCCCAACAUAAAUCCUAGCUAUGCCCAUGAACUAUAGCAAAGUGUUAGUGCUGCCCACUUAAGCCAAGGUGAGGGAUUAUCCAAAGAGUGAGACAAAUGAGAAUACCCUCUGGGAGUCUGUAUAACUAAAAGCACUGGAUUUGUGAUCUUUGUUUUUAAUAACGAUGUAUAUAUAUUUUUGUGAUAGGUAUGUGCUAGAACAUUUGUCUCGCAUAUGCCGUGUGCUCAAGCAGUCAGGAGGUAAUGCCUUACUUGUUGGAAUGGGAGGAAGUGGGCGUCAGUCCAUGACGCGUUUAGCUACAUCUAUGGCAAAAAUGAAUAUAUUCCAACCAGAGAUCUCUAAGAGCUAUGGAAUGAAUGAGUGGAGGGACGAUCUGAAGGUAAAGGUUUAUAUAUGUUGGCGUUAGGCUGGAAUCAGUAAGCUUUAUAUUGCUCAGUGCUGUCUUAUUUAUUGGAUGCGAACUGUAACUUUACAAUUUGGGAGCCUAGGAAAACUCACAGGAAGAUGCAGUCUCCCUUUCUACCCAAAGUGAUUUCUAGCAGGAAGAAUGAAUUGGUUGUGGGGAAAUAGUGGGGGGUGGACUCCAAUCUGAGCAGUACAGUGUGAGGAGUGGAGUUUACAUACCAGUUUCCUAUGUUGUAUCACCAGUCCCGAACCUGAGUGCUAUUAAAAGGGGAUUAAAUGCAAGAACAGCUUGCUCCAGCAACUCCUGUCCUGAACAGAACAGUAAAGGAAAGAAUUAAACUUCUUAAAGCCAGGUAGUUAAAAACCAUUCAUAACUAUGAACUUCUGCUUGAAGGGAAUAAACCUCCCCACAGCUCUUGCUCUUCCCCUAUCAAGUAACUGGGGUGUCCUUUUCCCUCAAAAGACAACUGAUUCUUGCAGCAGGGAAGAGGACCAACCAUCACCAUCAGAAGAUUUACCAAUCAACUUCUCAUUUCACUGUUCUGUUUUUUACACAAAUCAAACAUUUCUGUACACCUAGCGUAGGCGUACGCAACACAUUUCAUUAGGAUGUGCACCCAGGAAUAUAUUUUUUUUAAUGCAAGCAUUUAUUGAAUACAUUUAAGUACAUUUAUUGUACUUAAAUAUUUGUUGUUGCUUUUAGAAUCUUUUGAGGAGUGCUGGCGUGAAGGGCUUGAAGACUGUAUUUCUGAUCACAGACACACAAAUUAAGGAAGAAGGAUUUUUAGAAGAUGUUGAUAGUGUGCUUAACACUGGAGAAGUCCCCAACCUUUUUGCAGCUGAUGAAAAGCAAGAAGUUAUGGAGGUACUAUGAUGAGAAAUGCAUAAUUUACUACUUCUCGUAAAGUAUAAUGUUACAAUUAAACAUUGCUUUUAAAAAAUAUGUAAACCUACUGUUUAGAAUUCAGUUCAAACUAUUAAUUUCAAUGGAUAUUUUUAAAGAAGGACUUGGCUGAGUAGAACCAUCUGCUUUUCUCACACGAGUAGCUGAUUAUUUUUAAUUGCUAUGUGCUAUUUCCCUUUUAAAGAUUAAGCAUUAAAGAGGAAUAUUUCUUAUGCUCAUAAUGAGGUCAUUACACCUGAUUAGGAGCUCUUAUAAACUAGUUUAACAGGCAUGAUUUUCUUGCAUAUUAACAAAGAUUGCUGAUAUCUAACUCACAAUUAGAAAUAUAAUUUCUUUGUCUUAUCCUGCAUAGAUUAUACUACUUAUUUUUUAUUACUUUUCAGAAUCACGUUUUAGAAUUUUUGUAAUUCUUUUUGGUACAUUUAUUAUCCUUUAGGGUGUUCGUGCAGUAGCCCAGGCAGGCAGUAAGCAUGAAGAGCUCAGUCCCUUGGCUUUAUUUGCUUUCUUUGUGAACCGCUGCAAAGACAAUUUGCAUGUUGUGGUAGCCUUCAGCCCAAUAGGAGAUGCUUUUCGCAACCGACUGAGACAGUUCCCAUCUCUCAUCAACUGCUGUACUAUUGACUGGUUCCAGGUACUUAAACUAUGUACUGAGACUUCAAUAUAGCUUCCUCAAUAUAGUCUGGCCUAUGGAAGCUUGCUUUCGCCUCUCUUACAUGUUCUCUCACGUUGCAAGAAUUACGUAUGCCUCCUCCCAUAGAGAGUAAUCCAGCUUUGUAAGUACCAUGUACAUCUGUUACCAGGUCACAGUGAAUUGGGGGGAACUUGUGCUAUAAAUGUAAGGCUGCUUUUGUAAAAGCAAAAAACUAAAAACUCCCUCGACAGCAAAUUGUCUCAAAGCACACUGGUUUGUAUUAUAAAGUGUGCCAUUCACAGGCAAUCUGACAUUCAACUCUGGGGAUCUUUUGCUGUUGAGAGUUGGAUGCACUCCAGAGUUUGGCACCCCAAGAGAUAAAUCAGACAACAGAGAUAAAUCAGAAGUAAAUCUGAUUAUAUCAAAAGUGAAUUAGCAUGUUUACGAAAAAUCUUAAAAUCAAUAAACAGCAUGCUUAUAGUAGGCUAAGUUUAGAAGAGGUUAAAACCUAUGUAAGAGUUGUUCUUAAAAUAUGCCUGGAAAUACACAGGAAAAACUAGGAUGCAGUCAGGAAAAGGCAGUGGGGGAUGUUGGUUGAAGGGGUAAGGUGGUACUAGAAAAAGAAGAUUUGUGUUGACUGCUGCAGCUUGUUUGUCAGGGGAAUAAGAAAUCCAGAAAGUGGAGUGCAGACAUUGACUUGCAGGAAAAUAAUAUGAACCAUUCCUCCUUUCCCGAACUGCUAGCAGCAGAUUUCAUGAAGAACUGCUGCUGGGGACAUACUCAAAUAUGCUGUGCUAUGCUUAAUAAUGAAGAGAAUAUCACAAGUAGUGUUUCUAUUCUUAUGUUUUCCAGCCAUGGCCUGAAGAUGCUCUUGAGCGUGUGGCUAUUAAAUUUUUGGAAAGGCUUGAGCUCACAGACAAUGAACGUCAGGAAGCUGUUCCCAUCUGUAAACACUUCCAUACUUCCGUGUUGUCCCUUUCUGAAAGGUGGUCUUUUUAAAAUACAUUCAUAAAGCAAGCUGUUGUAAAUAAAAGGGAGGGGGAGGGAAAUACUAGAAGGGUAGAGAAAAGUCUUUUUAUGUUUCUGAUCAAUAAUAUUAAAAUAAUAUUGCUAAACAAAAUUAAAAUUUAGUACAGAAAUAAACAAAAUAUUUUAGAAGUCAUGCUAGAACACCUUCUGUAAGCCAGCUUUAGAUUAGCUCAUUUAUAUGAAUUGAAUUUACCCAGAGUAAAUAGACUUGAGUAGCAAGAGCCUCAUCCUCAACUCAGGAUCAAAUUAGAAGAAGCAUGAAAUGUGUCAAUGGGAUCUCUUGCAUUAUUUUUUUAAGCAAAGAGAUGGAGAGAUUCAGAUAAAGACUAUGAUGCCGAAGUGUUGCCUCCCUCCUCCCCAUAUUCCUGAUUUAGAUCUCAGCCUCUCUUACACACACAUGAUAUUUGUGUAUUUUCCUCUGCAUUGCAAAUCUCAGCUUCAUAGGGGGAUAAAUCAGGUAAAUGGGCCAACAUGUUUGCUUCUCUCAUGCACCACCUCAGGUAGGAAUAGAGAAUAAAUUAAAAAACAGCAACACAAGAUUCUGUUCACAGAUCAUCCAUGUCAUAUCUAGAUUGACCCUUAGCUAAACUAAUGGAAUAGGAUUUGCUAGUGAGUCAUUUUGUUAUAGCUUUCCCAGAUUGUCAUUGUACAACAGUCUCACCAUCCUUAUUCAAAACUGAAAAAAAUAUUUACCCCACUAGUAAUAAAGAGCAGGAGAUAGGCUUACUCAAGGGAAGAGGAAGCCUUGCAGAUUUAAGGGGGGGGGAAGGAGGAAGAAACUUGGAAAUUACGCAAUCAGUAAGUAACACAACUGCAUUUCUAGAAAAAAAAUGAUUGUCUGAAAAAGCAUUUAGUAUCAUAACCUUGCAAAGUUUGACAAAUAUUCAGGUAAUAUCAGAUGCUCAAUGAAACAAAUAGAUCCUUCCUUUUUAUUACCUGGUAGAGUGCAAUACUUCUUUCUUAUUCCACAGAUUUUUGAACCAACUGGGACGGCAUAAUUACGUUACUCCUACCUCCUAUCUUGAACUUAUUGCUUCCUUCCAACAACUUUUAACUCAGAACCGAGAUAAUGUCAUGAAAGCAAAGAAAAGAUAUACUAAUGGCUUAGAUAAACUAGCUUUCGCUGAAUCUCAGGUAUGUCCAUUGUAACUAAGGUUGCUUACCCAUGCCUGGUUUUCAUGUAGUGUGAAGCUGUGAUUUGUUCAAGUAUUGGCAUAAGCUCAACACAUCAUCACCCUAAUUACUAUGUCCUUGCAGCUUUUCAGCUGCUCUGGGCAACAGCCAAACCAUGCCAUAUUAUUUCUCUGAUGCUGGUCAGAAACACUGGUACUAUUCUCUGCAGUGUAAUCCAGAAUCCCAACUAUCCAGAAGGGUGGUGAGGAGAUGUGGGUGGGGCACUGCAGCUUCCCAGGCUUCCCAAAACAGAUUGUUGCUCAUGCUUAACAAGAGCAAGAAGGAAGGGGUGAGGCUCAGGAAGUGUGGUGCAACCAUAGUUGCACUAAAACAAACCACAACUUAGAGAAAACACAGCCGGUAGCCUGGUUUGUUUUGCCCUUUGUUUUCAUUUAUUUGUUUCUGUGUGCUCUGUGUUUCACUCCUAAAACUUGUUGAUUGUGUUGAAAUUAGUUUUAUUCUAUCUUUAGAGCGUAUUAUAUUCUGUACUCUCUUCGAUAAAUUUGGCAACCUUCUCUGUUGUCAAGCUGUUCUGGUCGGCUAGGAGUAAGAACAGUUUGGCUUCACAAGAGUGGCCCGGGAUGGCAGAUAGGAGCGGCGUGAUGGUUUCGUCCCUGAGAUCUUUAUAUAGGGAGCAAGACAAGAGAACGUGUGACACAGUCUCUACGUAGCCAGCUCCACAGGGGCAGAGCCGGUUCUCAAAUGAAAUUUUUUGAUAUCUACCUUCAAGAACAGCUGAGGGUAACAUAUUUAGUCUGGCCAGUGUAAAGGCCCGUCUGAGUUUUGGAAUGGUUAAGGUAGACAAAUAAGGUGCCCGAAAAUCAAAGUGGGAGGGGGGCAGAUAAGCGUACCAAGCACUAAAUUUCUUAAUAUAGGCCAGAUUAUUCUGCUGCUCAAUAUCCUUCAUGCGCUGGUCAAUAAUAGUUUUGCCUUGGGGAGACCCAUUUUCAGGAGAUGCUGUGCUUGGAGGCCACAUAUAAGUAGUUUUUGAUGCACUACUUUGGACCCCCGACUUCUAUGAGCAUCUCGUGCUACUAGAGGUAGUAGUCCGGAUGGGUUUAAAUUUAAGCGAAGCCAAUAGUUAAAUGUUCUUAACCAGGUUCGGGUUUCGACAGAGAGGAGGCCAGUCUCCAGCCGUAGGGCCGCAUUUGGUGCGCAUGGUGGAACGGCUAGAAUCUGUCUUAAGACAUCUUAUUAUUAUUAUCAUUAUGUUUUACUACUAUUAUUUUAUUACCUCUGCCAAGUUUUAAGUAUUGAGAUUAUUAAUUUAUCUGCAUCUGGUUAUUAUUAUCUUUCUCCCUGUCCUGACCAUCCCUCCGAGGUUAUAUUUAAUAUUUAUAAUCUUGCAAUUUGGCUGGUCUAUUUACUUAACCGACCUGGAACAAUCUACCAGAGAAAAGCCCGCCGCCCAUGGGACAGAGGGUCAUUGAUGAAUGAUAAUCCAGUUUCUACCUAAGGUUUUAAUAGGUCAUAAGAUUUUAUGGUAUCUAUAUUUGUAAUGUAUUCUUGUCGAUGUUUGUCCUUCGAUGCUAUGGCCUGUCGGCUACGCAAAUAAAGUCUAUUGAUUGAUCUCUUCUUUUUUUGGUAACUGUUUGGAUAUUUAAAUGUAAACAAGUCUAAAAAUCUUUCAAAUGAAUCAAUCAAUCAAUCAAUCAAUCAUGUUGCCUUAUAAUACUUUGCUUAUGGCAGUAUCCAAUGUAUUUGUUUGGAUAUUUAAAUAUAAACAAGUCUAAAAAUCUUUCGAAUGAAUGAAUGAAUGAAUCAAUCAAUCAAUCAAUCAUGUUGCCUUAUAAUACUUUGCUUAUGGCACUAUCCAAUGUUUGUUCAGAAGUAAGGCCCAUUGCGUUCAGUAGGACUUCCCCCUAAGUAUUUCUUAAUGACACAUUUAAAUGCUUCAUUUAUCUUUUCCCCCAUUUGCCAUACUUUAAAGCAACUCAUGGAAAAUUGCUCUUCAUUUUAGGUUGGUGAAAUGAAGCAAGAAUUAGUUGAUUUGCAGCCUAAGUUGGAGCAGGCUAAAGUGGACAAUGCAAAUAUGAUGAAGGUAACGUUUCUGCUCCUAAAGAUGUGUCAAUGCUGCAGUGCACACAGUGGUCUAAAUGUUGCUGGUGUAGCUUAACUGGGCAUCUAGCAAAGGGCAGCUGGGGAAUGUCCAGUUUGCUUUAUUUCAGGCCAGUUGCAAUCCAGUAUGGCUAGGUCUAGAUUUCUACACACACAUACACUUAUAUUGAAAUAACAGCUGCGGCCCUUUUUGUAAUAAUUUCACUCUACCACACUGCACCCCAGGGAGGGUGUAACUACAAAGUGUGCCUCUAGCUGUAUAAUAUCAGCUGACUGGAAGCAGGGCUUAGAAUUUUAUGUAAAGUUCUCCUUUAUAACAUCAAUUCAUCUUUUCUAAAAUAAUAGCUUUUCUGAAUAAAUUAACAAAGAAAUCUGAUGGAGCUCUACAGGACUAUUCUACUACAUGGAACAUUUCAUUUCAUGUCUUCUUUCUUUAGAUAAUUGAGAAAGAAUCUGCAGAAGUUGAAGCAAAAAGCAAAACUGUAAAAAUAGAUGAAGAGCUUGCUACAGAAAAAGCAACAGAAGCCACAGCGCUGAAGAAUGAAUGUGAAAGUGAUCUUGCAGAGGCCAUUCCAGCCCUAGAGGCAGCAUUGUCUGCACUUGAUACACUGAAGGCAAGUUAAAUACAGUAAAUAGAAUAAGAGCAUGACCUGGAAUAGCAUUAUUUUGAUAUGGAUGAAUUGAAGGGGAGGUCCCAAAGCUUAGCAGUAGAGUACAUACUUUGCACGUAGAAGGUCCCAUUUUCAUUCCCUGACAUUUUCAGUUCAAGGAUCAGGUAGCCUGUGAUUGGAAAAACCUCUCCCUAAAGCCCUGGAGAGCCAUUGCCAGUCAGAGUCAAACUGCAGGUUAUGUUAAUCACUAGGUUUGCCCUUGAAUACAAGAUUUUUUUCUCCCCCACAUAAUCAGCAUGAAGAUUCCAUUCUUGUUCAGGACACUGGAUUGUGGGAUAGGGGACUUUAACCCUUUGGUCCCUGCUGUCCGGAUCAGAUAUUGCCAUCCAGGCCUGUUGUUUGCAUGAUGGUGGUGGUGGUGAUAGGGAAGUUCCUAUCGGAGUGAAUGGGGCUUUUCCCCAUACAAGUCCAGGUGAUUAAUGUAUCAGCAAUUUGUAGAGUUAACUUCUUGUAAAGGGUUCAGCUUAGCUUUACUCUUUUGCCUUCUCAUAUUUUAAUAUAUGAAGAUAAAAAUGAAUUAAUUGGACUGUGGAUUUCUAAAGAUUCUAGCUGCUAUAUGUUGACUUAUAAAUAAGUCACAUAAAUGUUAUGUGUUGACUGAUCAUAUUAUUAGGUAAAUCCUAGAUAUAGGUGAAAAAUUCAACAAGAAGACUGAUUUUGUUUGAAUAUAUCAUGUUUUAAAGCAUUAUAUACUGUAAUAGAAGUCAACAAUCUAUUUCAUUCUAGCCUUCAGAUAUUACAAUUGUGAAAUCAAUGAAGAAUCCACCAUCUGGUGUUAAACUUGUUAUGGCUGCCAUCUGUGUCAUGAAGGACAUAAAACCUGAAAAAGUUGCAGAUCCUUCAGGGAUUGGAGGAAAGGUAAAAAGGCUGACAGUAGAACAACAAAUAUCUAAUUACAAAAUUCCUAGGAUGUACAAGGGGAAUAUUUUUUAUCUUCAAGCAUGGAAGUUUUACUUCCUCAUGCAGGAAGCUUCAGCUUCCAUCAUACUGCUCAAAAUCUCAUGAAAAAUGUGAAUUAGAUUGUUAAUUAAUAUCUGAAUAGCUCUUUAGAAUCUUUUGUAUUUUCUUAUUUUCUUUUGUGUUGAAAUAUUUUACAUACUGCUUUAACUUUCUUUUAAAGAUUUUAGACUACUGGGGACCUAGCAAAAAACUUUUGGGUGACAUGAAUUUUUUAAGAGAUCUGAGAGAGUAUGACAAGGAUAACAUUCCAGUAAGUUUCAUAUGUAUGUUCUUAUUUGCUAGAGAGUCAAUGUGAAAGUGGUUUCCUUCCUUCCAGUUUUUUUAAAUAAAUUUUUCAGUUUAUACAUCUCAAAAUAAACAUUUUGCAUAAUACCAUGUAACAAUUGACUUCCCUCCUUCCCCUUUCAUAGUUCAUUUUACUUAUCUAUCAUUACUGCAUAUUUUACUAUAGCCAAUCUAAUUGUUUCUCCAUUUUACAUCCUUCAAAUAUUUACCAUACUGUUGAAUUUAUCUAAAUGCUACCAGCGUUUAAUUGUACACAAUUAUUUUUCUAAAUAUUCAGCAAAAACUUUCCACUCCUCUUUAAAUAAAGAUUCUUCUUGCUCUCUUAUUAUAUAAGUUAAACCUGCUGCUUCCACAGAUUCUAUCAUCUUAAGUUGCCAAUCUUCCUUACUAGGGAUCUCGCUCACUUUCCAUCUUUGGGCUAGCAAAAUUUGAGCCGCCGUGGUUGCGUACAUAAAUAAUGUGGUAAACAGUGGGUCUUCCUGGGGAAACAGCAGGGCAACUAAAAAAGCUCUUGGGAAAGAAGGGGCAAGCGGAAGUGUGGCUGUGCAUAUACUCCCUUGGUGCAUGCAUUAGCAGAAACUGAAUUACUGGAUCCUAAAUAUAAAUUUAUAUUCAACUGUAUGUAAUGUAUUUUUCAUAUAGGUAUCUGUGAUGCAGAAGAUUCGUGCUGAAUAUCUAACUAAUCCUGAGUUUGAUCCCCCUAAAGUGGCUAAAGCAUCCUCAGCAGCAGAAGGUUUAUGUAAAUGGAUUAUGGCAAUGGAAGUUUAUGACAGAGUAGCAAAGGUAUGAUUAUUUACCUUAUUUUUUCUCAACAUUGAAAAUUACUACAUAAUGCUAAUUUAUCCUCUAGGAUACUCACAUACACAUCUGAUAUAUACUUCAUCUAAAUAUAGUGGUUACCAGCCAUGGAUAGACUUACCCUCAGUGAUUUGUCUUAUCCUUUUCAAGUCAUAGUGUACUAACCCUAGAAUGGGCUGAAAAUGUCUAAAAGAUUCUACUACUGAGCAGUGGUGGAGCGUAAAGAAACGCUGCCCAGAGCGGGAUGCGCCCCUGGGAGGGGUGUGAUGCAGAAGGAGCCCCUUGUGGCUCUCCUUGCAAAACAGUGCAGGGGGUACACUUGCAUACCACAGUCCAGGAGAGUGAGUGGCAGCAUAGCCACCCACCCUCCUCUCUCCAUUGGGUGCGAAGAAGCAACAGGUCUCUCUGUUCCUCAGGUCAAGUUUGACCCAUGGAUGGAGGUGCUGUAGCUGGGCACCUCGCAUGCCUGCAGUCUCUCUUCCCCUGGGUCAGGGUUGAUCUGGGGUGGAGCUGUCACAGCUGGCAGCUUCUCUCCACCAUGGUGGAGCUUUGCGCAACACAGCUCAGCCAAGGAGAGAGGCGGCAGCUCUCUGCCACCAACUCUCCAUUCCGCCCUGGGUCAGACGUGACCUGGGAGCAGAACUGAAGCAGAGCUGCAUCUGGGCAUAAGGAAGCUUUCUGGGCAGCUCCCUCGCACCCUGGAGUCUGUUGUGGGGGUGCCUGGUUGUGCCCCUUCCAGAAAAUGCACCCAGGCCAAAGCCCCGCACCCCAGCACGCCCGCUACACCUCUGCCACUGAGGGUGAGUAGAUCUCAGUCUUGCCAGUGCUGAAUGGAAAGCUGGUUGGAAAGCCCAUAUAUUCUCUGAGGGGAGGGAUACAAAAGUGGCAAAUAGACAAACAGAAGGAAACAACACACUGACCAGUUAGCUGCCAAAACCCCUUAAAAUCCUGCAUAUGAUUUUUUUGACCAGUAUACAUUUGCCAUUAUAGGCAUCUGGCUGAAAAAGGCCCAAGGUGCAGCAUGAAAUUAAAAAGUAACAUUGAAUUUACUUCCAGUGUAACCAGAGUUUGCAGAAAAUUUUAAUGUAGGGGGGGGGUGGACUUGUAAACUAGCUAAAAAAGAAAACUUAAUUUUUCUUAGGGCACAAGUCUUAACCAAAUGCCUGGUGCAUGGAAGCAAGCAAUGUACCCACUUACCUGAGAGUAAAUCCCACCCAGAUACACUGAUUUCAUGUACUUUUCUAGAUUCAUUUUAUAUUACUUUAUCACCCUUAGUAAAAUUUAGUAAAAUUUUAUUAAAUGUAUCUAAUAGGUGGUUGCUCCUAAGAAAGCCCGUUUAGCAGAAGCACAACAGUCGUUGGCACAAACGAUGGCAUUACUUAAUCAGAAAAGAGCUGAACUUCAAGCGGUUGAAGACCGUUUGGAAGCAUUGCAACAAACCUUUGUUGAGAAAACUGAAGAAAAAGCUCGCCUAGAAUUUCAGGUGGACUUGUGUGCUAAAAAGCUGGAAAGAGCAGAAAAGCUUAUUGGAGGACUUGGUGGAGAAAAAUCAAGGUCAGAUGAAAAUACAUUCUAGCAAGAACUAGAUUUAAGACACACAUGUUGUAUAAAAUAAAUUAUAUUUAGUAGAAUACACAGAAACAUUUUGAAAUGAAAAAGUUAGCUUACAUAAAUAAAAAAUGUCCCCAAACAUUAUCUGUAUUUCAAUUGUUUAAAUAACAUACAACAUGAUUUUUAAAUAAGAUACAAAUGCCACUUUUAAUUCUUAUAACAGUUCCCAUGUAACUGGAAUAAAUGCUGAUGAAAUAGGCCUUUUUUUUUUUAACCUAAUUUAAUAUUGUGUUUCCCCCUAGGUGGUCUAAUGCAGCAAAUGAUCUUCAAAACACAUAUGAUAAUUUGACAGGAGAUGUCUUGAUAUCAGCAGGAGUGAUAGCUUAUCUGGGUGCUUUCACUUCUGGAUUUCGACAAGAGUGUGCAAAAGAUUGGAGCAAGCUAUGUAAAGUAAGAUUGUGUGAAACUAGUAGUUUUCAUCCAGUGUACCGUGGCACCCUGGGGUGCCUUGAAUGAUGGUCAGGAUGCUGCAGACAACACUGGCCUCUGUCCCUCUCUCCUUCCCUCCCUCCUCUGAUGCCCUCUCACAUCUUUCUCCCAAAGGCUUGCAUAGCUGUUUGUUGCAGCAGCCCUGGCUACAAGCUCCCCAGCUGAAUGAUGCCUCUGGGGCUGGCCAGGGGGUGCUUCCCAGCCCCCUGUGGGGCAGUAAGAGGACACACUUCUCUUUGGGGCAGGGGAAGCAGCUCAAAGACCAGGGGCAUCAGCUGCGGCUGCCCAGAGGACUCCCAAGGAGAGGGGAGAAGAGAGGAGGCUGAGGGAAGACUCCAUAAGGGAAGGUGUUCAAAAAAGGGUGAGAGGCUGCCAGUUCUGCAGGCAAGGGGUGACACAACUGGGCUCCUAAGCUCCACAGGGGUGCCUCAGAAAGAGUGUAGUUGGUUGAGGCAGCCGUGGACCCAUAAAAGUUGAAAACCUCUGUGUUAAAGUAUCUCCAGAACAAAGUCCUCUCCUAGUGCUGGCUCUUUCAGUAGAUCCCAUAUCUAUGUACAGGUCAGGGAACAGUGAAAUGUAUUUUGUUGAUUAUGGUGGGUAAGUUUCAAGUGUUUAUGGGGAUUUUUAAAUUAAUGGAAUUAAAUAAUUUUUGAUGGCUUUGAUAGGAGUUCAGUGUAGCACUAUGGCAAUUGUUACAUUAGUGCAAACAUUUCAGCUUGCCAGAUGAAAUGAACUCUCCCUCUCUUUCUUCCAUGUACUGUUUUGGGGGCUUUCCCAAUACUCCUUGAGUCAAUUUGGGGGCAGGGAGGUAGAGGCGAUGGGGGGAAAGUCCUGUUGUGCUUGUAGAAGUUUAUGAGCAGGCUUCUGCUAGCAGGACUUGUUAGUUGAAUCUUGCCCUUUGAGUUGCAUCCAUUGCUAGUUCUUCUUUGAGUAGAUCCAUUAAAAAGAAUGAGCAUGACUAAUUUACGUCCAUUUAUUUCAGAGGGUCUACUGUAAGAAGGACUAACAUUGAAUACAACAUAAUGGGACGCAUGGCCUGAUCCUUUGUUUCUCACUUUGCUUGCUUGUUGAUUUAGUGUUAUCUGAAAUGUUUGGAUAUACUUUUGCUAGGAAUGUGAUUGACAGAUGGAAACAAUAUAAAUAACUGGAGGAAAAGUCAGCAGCUUUCAAGAAUGUAUGGCCAAGUUGUAUGCAAGGACCCCCACUUCCUGGGCCACUCUUGUCAGUCCAGGGAAACACACUCGAGUAGGUUCCAGGCAUUUUAAUGUGGUUUUGUGGCUUUAGCCAAAAACAAAACAAUCCCAACUCAAAAAAUACCCUCUAAGAGCUUAUUAGCCAGAACAUAUUCUUAAAAGUUGGGUUGCAUUCAGCUGAUUCUCCAUUCUUAGGCGUCUCUUCAGUUCAGCAGGUGUUUCUGUGAAUGGAAUCUGGGAAGCCAAUUUUUGCAGAUUCUCUCUUCUGCAUCCUCCUGUGCCCCCCCAGCUGCUCCAGUGUGGUUGGGGACCCUUUGAAACAUGGUGGGAGGUGGUGCCAGGGAAGGCUGCAAGGGUUUUUGUGAAAAUUGCCCUUUUCCUUACCAUUCAGAGAAGCCACCACUAAGCCAAGAGCCUACUAUGCAUAAUUGGUUAUAACUCAUUGUAGUGACUUGGAAAAAUAUUUUUGUGAUUGCCUGCUGUGUCCUUUCCUCAUUUUCUGUCACCUGCCCUCCUAGAAACUGAGGUUCAGUACAAGCCAUUAACUGGUUUUAUAUAAAUUGUUCAUAAAUACUUGAUAUUAAGGAAAAAAUUAUUUGUCUUUACAGGAGAAAAAUAUACCUUGUUCUGAGAGCUUCUCCCUGAGUAAAACACUUGGUGAUCCAAUAAAAAUUAGAGCCUGGAAUAUUGCAGGUCUUCCAACAGAUCAGUUUUCUAUAGACAAUGGUGUGAUUGUCAACAACUCUAGACGUUGGUAGGUAAUGCAAACCUAUUAUUUUGCUAAACUAAACUAAAAUGAGCUUACUGCAGUAAUAUUUAUACUUUCCAUAACGCUGAUUCAGAUUUCUAAUAUAGUUUUUAUGAUGGCCAAAAUUGUCCUCAAAAUGAUUUAAAUAUGUAUUUGACUGCUUUUUGAGAAUAUAAAGUGUCAAGUACAUAAAAUAAAAAUAAUCAUGACAGCCUGAAUACAUAGAACAUAGGAAGCUGCUUUACACUGAGUCAGACGAUUGGCCCAUCUUGUUCAGUAUUUUAUACAGCAAGGAGCCUGUGGUCCUUGGUAUUGGAAAGUGAAUGUCCCAUGUAUGGAUGAGCUGCCAGUCAAUUUGGACCAAGGGAGAGAGCAGGAAUAAGGAACUACCAGUAAUGAUGGAGGGUCCUUGGGCAUUUGCAGCAAAAUUGAUGGGGGGAGGUGUGUGUUGCAAAAUAUUGUUAUAGGUAGGUAGCCAUGUUGGUCUGCCGUAGUCGAAACAAAAUAAAAGAAUUCCUUCCAGUAGCACCUUAGAGACCAACUAAGUUUGUUACUGGUAUGAGCUUUCGUGUGCAUGCACACUUCUUCAGAUACACUGAAACAGAAGUCACCAGUCCCUUAUAUAUAGUGAGAGGGUGGGGAGAGGUAUUUCUCAGAAGGGUGGUGGGAAUGGGUGAUUGGCUGAUAGGUGUGGUAAACCUGUUGACGACUGUUAAAGACUGCAAUUGGUCUUACAGGAAAAAGGUCUCUCCAUGGUUUUAAGUUUGGCAAUAAGUUGCAAUUCAGCUUUAUUGUGUUGAUUUAAUUCAGAUUUAUUGUGUUGAUGACAUGAAACAAAAUAUGGGGGAAAUAUAUUACGUCAAACUUCAUGGGGUAUCUGAAGAGAGAGGCUGACUUUGAUCACAUUCUCCUCAGCAAUGAUAUAUGUCAUAGAGGGUAAAAGCGUUUGGUUUGCAUUUCACGCAGUUUGCCUAUGAAUCAAAAAGGCAGAAAGGUGCAUAUAGCGGCAAAGCAAGUUAAAUUUUGAUGCAGUAGGGGAAAGCCUGAAAAACUGCAGCUAUUAUUUUAGCUAGUAAUUUAAAACAAUUGUAGGCUUUGAAGGGGAAAAGAGUUACUGACUCAAAUGCCAAAUCAAUUUCUGAGACUGAGAAAAAAAAUAUUAUAAAGGUGUACCCCAGUAGUCAUAAACUAGUAAAUCAUUCAGAUUAUGAAUCCAGAGAUUCCAGUUAUAUAACCAUACUGUGGAUUCUAUUGUAAAGUUCCCUUUGAGAUCCUGUUCGAAAGCAUACCACCACAAGUAGAUAAAUAGGUACCAAUGCGGCAGGAAAGUAAAUGGUGUUUCCGUGUGCUCUGGCACUCAUUACAAAGUCCCAUGCGCCAGAAGAAGUUUAGUCAUGCGGGCCACAUGACCCAGAAAAGCUGUCUGCAGACAAACGCUGGCUCCCUCAGCCUGAAAGCGGAGAUGAGUGCCGCACCCCAUAGUCAAAUUCAACUGGACUUAACGGUCCAGAGGUCCUUUACCUUACCUUACUAUUCUAAUGUGUUUUUAAAAAGUAAAUUGCUGUAGGCAGUAAUUGAUUAUUAAGCAUUCAUUCUUUUUUUAAAAAAAUGAAAAUCUGAUAUGUUGCAGGCCGUUAAUGAUUGAUCCCCAGGGUCAAGCAAAUAAAUGGAUAAAAAAUUCUGAAAAAGAGAACAGGCUGAGCGUAAUAAAAUUCACAGACACAGACUACAUGAGAAUUCUAGAAAACUGCAUUCAGUUUGGAACUCCACUUCUGCUUGAAAAUGUUGGAGAAGAAAUUGAUCCUUCACUGGAGCCUCUGCUUCUUAAAUCAACUUUUAAACAAGGUACAACAAAUCAUUAUGAUCUCCAAACUAUAUUGGAGUAUUUAUUGGAUAUUUCUUGUACACUUUAUUGCAUUGUGUAAUACUUUUCUUUUUAUUCCUUAAAUACUGCUGCAUAGCAACAGAUGAAGGUAAUACAUGAAAGCAUGUUUGAGUUUAGAUCUUUAUUUUAUGAAAUAGUCUGCAUGCAGUGUCUUGUAUAGUAAUAGAUUGAAAUAGAAAAACCUUAAUACUAUUUUCUUUAAGAUCGAGUUACCAUACUGCAUAUACAGUAAUCAGAAACGUUUUGUGCUGCUUUGAUCACUCUCUUCUGUUAAGCAACAAUUACAAAGUGAAGAGAGUUAGAAGGACCUUUUUUAAAGAAGGACCAAACUUAAUUUCCUUAAACAGUUGUAUAAAGGAUAAUAUUUUGGCAGGUGCAGAUAUUCUUGUCAUACACUCUGCUAGUUUUAAAUAAAAAUAAGAAGCCUCACUCUUUCGCCAGUGACUCAGCUUAGUCACAAAAUUUGGGUUCUCCUGAGUGCAUACAAAGUAAUUUAUACCAGUUUUAAAACGUCUAAGAGGGAAACAUUUGCUUAAUGCCGCCAAAAUACACACUAAUAGCAGUAAGGAAGUAGUUUGCUUCCUCUUCCCUGGUGUUGUACCAAUGAAGGCUCCAGUCUGACCAUGUGAGAAGUAAAAAUAUAUACAUCUUUCUGUUUAAUUCUGGUGCUACAGAAGAGCACAUAGAGAAAAGCAGGUUUGUUGUUGCAGUACCAAGGACAACGCCUGAUGAGCUACUUGCUCCAACAAAGGUUGGAAGCACACUGAGUCCUUUUGAGGCUCUUCCUCCAGUCUCUCUCUCCAAGGCUCUGUCUCCUCAUGGAGAACUGUUCUUUUAAAGUGCCAACCCGCUCAUCUGAAGAUAGGCAUUUCUGCAUUCCAGGGCCUCCCACCUGGCAUGCUCCCUGUCCUGUUGGGCAGGAGAGGCAUUGUGGAAGGCAUUCAGUUCCUCAGACCCAAGGGAAGGUGUCUGUGAGGGUUUCUGGCUGUGGUUCUAGAGACCAUGGUGCGGUGAGAGUUGGUUCAGUGGUCUUCUGCCUGCCAGUCUCAGGUUCAGUGUGACCUGUUUACCAGCAUUAGGUAGAGCAAGGAACCUGGUCUGGCUCCUUAACAGCACUGUAGCCUCCAGCUCGGUGUUCUGGUCACUGCUGACAAUUUCUCUUGAAGCAGGAAAGUAGGUAGAUUUUAGACACCUAGGUCCCAGGGUUCCCAUUAACUGUUCAAGUCACCCAGCCGCAGGAAGAUGACUUGACUUCAUGUUGAGACUUGGAGAAAUCAAAUGGAUUCUCUAGUUUUAGCUCCCUUGAAUUAAAAUAAACACCAGACUUUUCUGAAAGCAAUGCAGAAUGCUGCCUAGCUCCUCUGCAUUUCUCCACUGCACGAUUCGGAUGUUAUUCUGCAAUUAGGAAAGCUUGAUUGCAGAAUAUAUAUAUUUUUGUGCAUAGGGAAAAACAACUAAAUAUGUUUGUCUUUUCAACUCUAGGGGGCAUGGAUUGCAUUCGGCUUGGUGAAACAAUUAUUGAAUAUUCCUUUGAUUUCAAAUUUUAUAUUACCACAAAAUUAAGAAAUCCACAUUAUUUGCCUGAACUAGCUACCAAGGUUUCUUUACUCAACUUCAUGAUUACUCCAGAAGGCCUUGAAGAUCAGCUUCUAGGCAUUGUUGUAGCAAAGGAAAGGUAAAUGUUCGUAUUCUCCACAGGGCAUUUUUGAAGGGUGGCAGGUGAUGGGCUUCAAUGUAGAGUGUGGCUCCUCCCUGUGCAACCAGCAUAGUAUGUAAUAUUUGAUAUAUAUCCUUUUUUUAGACCAGAAUUAGAGGAGGAACGGAAUGCUCUAAUUCUCCAGUCAGCCAGCAAUAAAAAACAACUAAAAGAUAUAGAAAAUAAGAUUUUAGAAACAUUGCAGUCUUCUGAAGGGAAUAUUUUAGAAGAUGAAAGUGCCAUAACGAUUUUGGACUCUGCGAAACUAAUGUCUAAUGAAAUUACAAAGAAACAGCAGGUAAGCAACUUCAGGGUUCGUAAGUGAUUGUUGUAUUAAAUGAAUGGUGCACUGUUUGUGAAGUUAUCCAAGCUUAGGCUUGGAGCUGAACCUCAGGAACCUGUAAAACCAAGAAAGCUGCCUUAUCCCAAAUCAGACCAAAGGGACAACCUCUCUGCAUACAAAGCAGCUGCUCUAAUACAGAGCGUUUCCCUGUCUCAAAAGUAGCUUUAAUAGGUUGCUGAUGACCAGAAUGGGACCCAUCUCUAGUGUGGUCUGCAGUUACUGUAUUGUGAACAUAAAUUUAUUUACCUUUAGUUUACAUGGGUAGAGCUGGUAGGGAGGUAGGCAGGUUUGUAGAAAUUGCCUUUUUAGAUAAGUGCAACGACUGAUACUGCUUGGUGAAUCCAAAAAAACUGCGGAGACUGCGCCUGUCUCCCAGAGUUCUUUGAUCUCCUGCCUCCGUCAGGAGCCCCAAGCCUCUUCGACUUAGAUCAAAAUCUGAGUGGGAGAAGAAUACCUGGCAAGCCCCCCUCAUGCAUCUCUGUGCCCUUCCUCAUCCCUAAGCGUUAUCACUGCCCCCAGCACUCCCAAAUCACACUCCUUCCUUCCAUUAAGGUUAGUGGUGGCUGCACAAACAUAGGAACAGGAGAUACUAAAAAAAGAGGAACUUUUUCACUCUGCUUCUGUCGUUCUAUUGCCCUGGCUAACAGCAUGAUCGAGUGCAGAGAAUUACUGGAACUGCUACUCAGAACUUGUAGGAGUCAUUUUGAAAACUACAGUUCCCAUAUUCUCCUUACCCUGUAACACUAUUAACGAGGGCAGUGGAGGAGUGUGAAGGAGGCAGCCUCACCUGUUGUCACUUCUGCUCUCAUGCUGCCGAUGUAAACAAUGCAAAGCAGGGGUGGGAGACCUCAGUCUUUGGGUAAAAAGAGCAUUCAGAAAUACAUUAUACUAGGCAAACUUGCUUGGCAAAAGUGUUUAUACUAGAAGAAAUUCACACAAAAAUGCUGAUAAAAUUUUCAUGAUCUUUUAAAAAUUGAGAGCUGGUGUAGAAAUGUUAAGAACUGAACUUAAGAUUGGCAAAGUGAGAAACACAGAGAAACUGAAAUAGACAGGUUUGCCCAUCCAUAGGUGCUUGUGUGUGUGUGUGUUUGAAAACCUCUGGCUUUGUCAUAGCUGGAGUGACUGUACAAAGAUAAGAGUCACAUCCAUUGCUCAACACAUGUUUGCAUCUCAUCCCACCCUCCAUGUUAUGUGUCCCCUGAAAGUUUGCCCACAAUGGAAUAUAGCCCUCAGGGUGAAAACAUUUUCCUUCCCCUAGUGUAAAGGAUCUGGUUCCUCUGAUUCCUGAUUCCAGGUGUCCUUCAUUCACAUCAGUAUCCUUUGCAUGGAUACAUGGUACGCUAUCCCACAGUGGGAGUCGGAUCAUAGGACUUGCUGCACAAGCCAUGACAUUAUACUGACAUUGCACGGACAAUUGCUGUAUGAAAAUAUAAUGAGAAAAAGGUUUAGGGCCAGCCUUCUACUCUGCUGUUUAUUGAAAACAAGGGGAAGUGCCAUAUCAUGUGCUACAUUUGGACAUCAUUUUAUUAGUUUCUACUAAUAAAUAUAUUCUCUUUAGAUUGCAGAAAAAACUGAAAUUAAAAUAGCACAGUCUCGAGAAGGCUACAGACCCAUUGCAAAGCAUUCAUCUGUACUGUUCUUUAGUAUUGCUGAUCUGGCUAAUAUUGAUCCCAUGUACCAGUAUUCUCUCAGUUGGUUUGUAAAUCUUUACAUCAACUCUAUUCAUGACAGGUGAGCAGUUACUAACUUUAGUUCUUUGAUUUCUGUUUUGUUUUGAAAUACUGAAGCCAGUUUUUAAGCACAUGUAUCAUAUUAUUCCAUGUAUAACACUCCCCCCUGUAUAAGACAACCUCUAUUUUUUUGGACCUCAACCAAUUUUUGGGGGGGUGGGGAUGCUGAAAGUUUAUUUAUUUAUUUAGAUCAACAUUUUAAAUUAAAUAUACAUAUAUGUCCUUUAUUUUCUAUUUUUAGCAACAAGUCUAAAAUCUUGGAAAAAAGGCUGCGAUAUCUGAAUGACCAUUUCACAUACAACUUGUAUUGCAACGUUUGCCGUUCCCUGUUUGAGAAGGAUAAGCUGCUGUUUUCAUUUUUAUUGUGCUGUAAUCUUCUAAUGUAAGAGGCUCUGUUUCCUGGAAUCUUUUGAUUAACUAGUAAUACAUUGAUUUCUUUAGGCAGGAGCAUCUUAAAAACAAGAAAAGCAGCAGUUAUCUUCCAAGUACCAGUGUUUUUGCUCUGGGAAAUUAUUGCAGCCAUGGAGCCUGAGGAUCCUGCUUGCACCACAACUAAUGAAGUAGGGGGUGUAAUUGGACUGUGCAGAUUAGCCACUCUAGCUAUUUUGUCAGAUUGUCUCAUUUCUCAAUUCUUUGCCUCUUUUCUGUCCACAUGUUUCCUUUCAUUUUUCCAUAGACACUUUCAUUGCUUCAGUCUUGGAAGGUGCUUGACUGUUGAAUUGGACAGGGGUGUUCCAGCUUGUAAUUCCACCACUGGAUACUAUUGGUGAAAUUGCACAAGUGCUUCCCCCAGUCCCUGUACAACCCAACUAUGCUACACAAGAGCAUUAGUAAGUGUAGGUAGGAGUGAAUAAAAGCAGAUGGAGGCAUGCUUUCCAGAGAACCACUGACUGUCAGAAAAUGUGUAGUAAGUUUGUUACAAGUGGGACAUGAGCGCUGAUCCAGUUGCCUAGAACAGCAUGUCAUUUUAACUGCAGGAGAAAAAGUUUAUAAAUCAAUACAUGAACAUUAUUCUGUGGUGUGUUUUAUAAAAUAAAAGAUUAUGUCACAUAAUUGCAUUUCAAACUAGAAUAAUGAUGUCGACUUAAAACAACAUUGUUUUUUAAAAUAGGGCUAAAAAAGAAAUAGAGCACCAAGAAUUUAUGUUCUUAUUAACUGGAGGAGUUGGCCUCAAGAGCAAAUACAAGAAUCCAGAUCCCUCUUGGAUACAAGAUAAAAGCUGGGAUGAACUCUGCCGUGCAAGUGAUAUGACUGCUUUUAAAGGACUACGGUAAAACAGAAAAUCUGCUGUAACAUUACUAGUUUUGUUUCCUUGGGGUACAAGCCCUCUCCAAUAAAUGUAGGGAGGUGAAUGAGUGCUAGGUUGUGGUUUUCCUAUAGUCAAGGUCAGUACAAGGUGACCUUAGAGCCCCUCUCCAGCAAAUACCAAGUAGUGGACUUCUGCACCCUGCCCUGGGCCCCUCCCCAUAUACCGUAUUUUUCCGUGUAUAGGAUUUUUUCCUAAAAAAUAAUGUCCAGAAUUUGGGGGCAUCUUAUACACGGAUAGAUCUCCCCCCAUUGUCUUAAAUCGGAGUCCCCCAAAAUAGAGGGCGUCUUAUACAUGGGGGCAUCUUAUAGACGGAAAAAUACAGUACAUACUGUUAGUGCAGUAGUGAUAUUGCCAUUGCAAUCCCCCUGCCCUACAGACCACCUAAAUUCAAUGAAGCAAGACAUGGCAACUGAUACAUAGCAACAACUGAAUUGGCUACAGAUGUAAGAGGUUUGGCAUAGGUAGAACCACCCACUUCUGGCCUGCUUGCUGCCCAACAAGCAUGAUGAUAGGACUUCUGGCACCACAGCAGCAAUCUGUGCUGGGUCCCUGAGGACCUAGAGCAAUUUUGAAGGUACCACGGGGCCCCACGCUCCUUCUGGGUCACCCACAAGCACCAUGAACUCUAGGAAAGGUUGACAUCUGGAAGAGCUCUUACUAAAUGGAAAGCUGAAGUCUAAGCAUUUCUGGUUUACACUUUCUGUAGGAGUCAUAUAGCUGAAGAACUCAAAGAAUGGCGUAAAAUCUAUGACAGUAAAGAACCCCAAAAUGUUCCUUUACCAAAACCAUGGAAUACAAACCUGAAUGAAAUAAAGAAGAUGAUUGUUCUUCGAUGCCUGAGACCUGACAAGGUAAAAUACAUGAACGUAAUUUCAAAAAUGAAAUAAAACAUAAAUGUGUUAUUGGUGUCUUUAAGGCUAUUUCAAAUAUUCAGAUCAAUUUAAUAUUAGUUUCUUUAGGAAGAUUGCUCUUAAGCUAUGAGCUGAGUCUACCUAUCUGUGUAUUACGGUCAUUGACUACAAGAUUUAGAUUUCUAUUUCUUCAAAGUCCCUAAAUAAUUACUAUUUAGUGGUCCUAGAUGAAACAAGCUAGAUUUUAUGUUUUUUUUUAACAAAAUCCUAUUUUAUGCUGAAGAUUUCUUUUAAAACAGAUUUCACCUGCUAUAACUACCUUUGUGACUGACAAACUUGGAAAGAAAUUUGUUGAGCCACCACCAUUUGACCUAACAAAAAGCUACUUAGAUUCAAAUUCUACAAUCCCACUCAUCUUUGUUCUGUCUCCUGGAGCAGAUCCUAUGGCCAGUAAGUUAAACGCUGUGGUGCAUUUUUCUUUUGAAUCAGUCUUCCAGUUAUGGCUCUUAUUCAUCAUGUGACUCUGAAAGAUUAAUUUGAAACUGUGUAUAUUUUAAAAUCAAUAAAAAUUACUUAAUUUUUUAAAACACAAAUCUGAUUGUUAGUCAUCUGCAUUUAUAAGUGAAAAUGAAAUGAUACAAAUAGCUUCAGUUUUGCAUUUUGUACUCUGCCUUUUCCAAUUAACACAGAAUAAAAUAUGGCACCUUUCAUGACAGGUCUUCUGAAAUUUGCAAAUGACAAAAAUAUGAUUGGAAACAAGUUUCAGUCCAUAUCUCUGGGACAGGGACAAGGACCAAUAGCGGCAAAAAUGAUUAGAUCAGGAAUGGAGGAAGGGACUUGGGUUUGCUUACAAAACUGCCACCUUGCUGUCUCCUGGAUGCCAAUGCUAGAGAAAAUCUGUGAAGAGUUCAGUGCUGAAACUUGCAAUGGCACUUUCAGACUCUGGCUGACUAGUUAUCCAUCACCCAAGGUACUUUUAUUUCCCAAGGAUCCAUUAAUGAGAGAUGUAACAAUCUAUAAAAUCAUGUUAUAGGUUUUCCAUGAAUCCCAAACUGUCCCAUGGGUCUUCAUUUCCACCUGGCGUCCAAGGCAGGAAAUGCAUGAGAGUUGAGGAAUUUGCAGCUGCUUUCUUUCCUCACUUAGUCCAUCUCCUGCCUUCAUCUGCUUUGUCCUGUGACCUCUUUGUCCUGUGACCUUGGCUCCUCUCGUUUGAUGAUUUGUGUGUGUCUUGUCAACUGCGUACUUAUAAAACAAUUUCAUAUUCUGUACUAAAUAAGAGGUGCGUAAUCUGUAAAUGAUCAUGCCUUUUGCCAAGUUUUUCAGCUCUUCCUUUUUUAAAGAGAAGGAUUCUCUAGCACCACCAUCUGAGUCAAUGUGUCUACUUUGAGUAGGACUAGCAUUGAAUACCACCCUUUUUAUAGACAGGGUGAAUAUAUUCAUGUUGCUUUUGUUAAAUUCUCUUAUCAAGGUCUGUUGUUUUGUAACAGUCAGAGGUUGAAAGGAGAAGCUUAGGAAGUCCUUUUAAAGCCCCACCCUUUCCCAACCCCACCCUUUCCCAUUUGGGGCAUGACUUCUCCAUGAUAGCUCCUGGGCCAAACUGGGAGGCCCCGUAGACCAGGUUUAGUCUGGGGGGGGGGCAGAGUUUCCCUGUCCCCUGGUGCACUUUAAGGUUCUCAAUUGUUUGUUUGCAGCUGCAGCUUUACCUGCCACACACAUCUGAUACUGUCUGUAUGCAGCCUUGUGGACAUCUGGCAGUCCUAUUUUGUCCCUUGAUCUGAAGACCCCUUGUGCAUGAGAUAUCAGGACACAAAAAGAAUAGGAAUAUUAAUUAUAUGACAAUAUAUUACAUUCUUGUUUUGAACCACUUUCUAUACCAAAUAAUUGAACAGAAAUCAUAAUGCGGUGCUGUUGCCAUACUUGUUUUUCCUAGUUCCCAGUAACCAUUUUACAGAAUGGUGUUAAGAUGACAAACGAGCCUCCUACAGGCCUUCGGUUAAACCUGCUUCAGUCCUACGUCUCCGAUCCUCUUUCUGAUCCUGCCUUUUUUGCUGGGUGCCCUGGAAAGGAGCAGGUAAAUUUUCUCUCGGAAGUUGUUAACAUGUUAAGUAUCCACAAAGCUUCUUGGCUGUUUUGCUUGCUCAAGAUUGUUGUCUUCAGUAUGACCUUUAACUUUAAGAUUUAAAGUACAGCAGGGUUGCAUCUUUCAUGGGAGUUACAUUUGAGGGGAUUGUGCAUAAAGCUGAAACCCUGUACUGUACUGUACAGUUGUACCUCGGAAGUCGAACGCCUUGCAAGUUAAACGUUUUGGCUCCCGAAUGCCACAAACCCAGAAGUGAGUGUUCCGGUUUGCGAACGUUCUUUGGAACCCAAACGUCCAACACGGCUGCUGCGGCUUCCAAUUGGCUGCAGGAGCUUCCUGCAGCCAAUCCGAAGCCGCACCUUGGUUUCCGAAUGUUUUGGAAGUCGAAUAGACUUCCGGAACAGAUUCCGUUUGACUUCUGAGGUAUGAUUGUAUACUCAGAAUAAUGCUGGAACGUCCCCCAUGCAACCAUCCCUACCUUUCUGAAGCCAGCACAUUGAGCAGGCCUUGCUUAGGGGGCUCUGAGAAGCCCCUGCAUGAUCUCGUGGGAGCUCCCAAAACCCACAAGAGACCUUCCCAGAUUCCAAUAAGCAAGUCUGAAAGCUGUUUCAAGGCCUGGGAAAGAGCAUUUAAGGCUUGCGUGCAUUUAUUUUGUGCAAUAUCAGUUGGCCAGUUGCCAAGCACGUGAAGCUGUGAUCACUCAAGUGAAAUGUGUGCAAGUUGCAAGUCAACUGUACAGUAUAGACCUAUAUUUUGCAUGGAUGUAUGGUGCCUGUAUUCGCCAUAGUUUGUUUUACAAUAGCUUCUGUCCACGUAUUUUCUAUCAUCUACCUGUUAGCAUAUAUUCUCCCUCUGCCAGACAAAUAAUUUGUAGGCUUUCUAUUCAGCUGCCUUCUACUAAAAAAAAUGAGGAGGAGGAGGCCUAUCUCAUCCUUCUUUCAAAUGGAUCAGGGCAGCAAUAAUACCACCACCCCAUUUUAUUAUUGCUGAAUAUAGUGCAAAAUACUAAUCACAAUAGAGAAAAAUAAAUUUUAUUUUUGAGUAUCUGUGAAGGAAUAGAACUUUCAGCCAUGCUGCAUUGUGUAGUACAAUGGUUGAUUUCUCCUUUAAAAGCUCUCCUGCAAUAGGAGAGUCAAAUGUUGAAAGUUAAAAGUUAAAGGGGAUGUUCUGCCCAGGAAAUUAUGCUCAGGGGAGGGUCAAAGGAACUCUAGGAACUUGGAAAUGGAGGAGACAUAGGCAUGUUAAAGGAGGUUAAAGGAUGUUUAGUGGAUGCAGCCAGAGAAAAAUAAAGAUAUCCACUUAGGUAUGGACUUACUGACUGUAAUGGGACUCCUGAGAUGUAUCAGUAUUAUUCAGGAUAAUGAAAGAUAUCAUUUAGUAUAUUAGGGUUGCUGUAUUUCAAAAGGUGAAAAUCCAGACACAAAAGUUGUUGAGCUAUCUAAAAAAAAAAGGGGGGGGAGAAGUUUUUGAGCUAUUUUUAAGGGAAAUUGCCGACACUGCUGACAAGGGUUGCCAUACAUCUAGAUUUCCCCAGACAAUUCAGCAAUUUCUGCUGAGACACUGUUCCCGACAGCAGAAUUCUGGCUGUGUCUGGGAAAUUUUGGAUGCAUGGCAACCCUAGAGUAUAUAUAUUUAUCCUAAUAUAUCUAGUAAUAUACAUGUAUGUAGAUUGUAUAUAGAUUGAUAUACUUUCUUCAGCUUUGGUUACAUUGUCCUAUUUCCAUUUGUUUUUAUUUCCUAAAGAGAUGGGAGAAACUACUCUUUGGAGUUUGUUUCUUUCAUGCUCUUGUUCAGGAGAGGAAGAAAUUUGGGCCUCUUGGAUGGAAUAUUCCAUAUGGAUUUAAUGAAUCAGACUUGCGUAUCAGUGUAAGACAGCUUCAGGUAAAGAUAUUUAUUCCUUCUGCAGCUCAUCUAGGGCCUUGAUAAAGAAUCAUAAAUAGAUUUCACUUGUGCAUUAGGGUCCCAAUGUUGGUACAAGUAUUCAUCCUUCCUUUUGCAUGAGUACCAAGACUUGUUGUCAACAGCAAUUUGGUGAUGUCUGGGAAGUUCUGUGUAACACAGCUCCACUGUGUAAAGGAAUUUGGGGUGGUUUGUGCAAAAAAGGGGGAGUGUGGGUGGCAGUUGUUCUUUAUGAAAGAUCCUGAGGGAUCUCAAAAAACAAUACCAGAGUCAGUGUUAGCUAGAACAGUGUUCAAGAUUUGCUUGUUUGUUUGUUUGUUUGUUUGUUAAAAAACACAGGUCUGUAAGUACACUUGCCAAAUAAUAGGAUGUUGCUUAAUCUGUAGCUGCAGACUAUAGUUUCUGUAUGCUGAAACAAGCCUUUAGCAGCUGGCUAAUCAGCAGUUAGAUAUGCUAUGUUAAAGUUAUUCAAAUACUAGAUUCUGAUCAAAGAGUUCAUAUAUGAAUUAUGCACCUUUUCAUCAUACAAACCAUCCGUAAAUUAGAGCAAAUAAGAAUGUAAGGUAUUAUGUCAUGUAUAGCCUGGAUGCUUAUAACAGUAAUUUCAGAAGCUCCCUAUGCCACUUCAUUCGUAUAUUCAGCAAUGGUUAUUUAAAUAAAAUAACUGAAUUGUUUUGAAAAUCUAAAUUCAAUGUGCUUCACAAAAUUUAUAUAUUAUAUGUAGGGUUUCAUCCAAUGCUAGACCUACUUAAAAAUUGAAAUUAAUGAACAGGUUUAACUUGGGUCCACUCACUUCAGUGGAUCUGCUCUGAGCAGAACUAGCAUUGGAUAUAGCCAGUACAGUGGUGCCCCGCAAGACAAAUGUCUCGCAAGACGGAAAACCCGCUAGACGAAAGGCUUUUCCGUUUUUGAGUUGCUUCGCAGGACGAAUUUCCCUAUGGGCUUGCUUCGCUAGACGAAAAGGUCUUGCGAGUCUUGAGAUUUUUUUUCGCUUCCCCCCCCCUUUUUCUAAGCCGCUAAGCUGCUAAUAGCCUUUUAGCAGCUAAUCCGCUAAGCCGAUAAGCCUUUAAUAGCCGCUAAACCGCUAAUAGCGCUAAGCCGCUAAUAGGGUUGCUUCGCAAGACGAAAAAACCGCUAGACGAAGACACUUGUGGAACAGAUUAAUUUCGUCUUGCGAGGCACCACUGUAAUAUUGAUAAAAUGUGAUAUGCAUAGAAUGCUUUCAGUUGAAUAAAUUCAUCAAUAUUGCCCAAACUUUGUUUAUCUGUUGUACUAUGAGCAAGCCAUAUCAUAGUGCAAAGUUGUUUAAACCCACUAUUUUAUUUCCAAUUUCAGUUAUUUAUAAAUGAAUAUGAACAUGUUCCAUUUGAAGCAAUAUCUUACCUUACGGGUGAAUGCAACUACGGAGGGCGAGUGACAGAUGAUUGGGACAGACGUCUACUACUAACUAUGCUUGCUGACUUUUACAACCCAGAAAUAGUUGAAAAUCCUCAGUAUUUAUUUUCUCCUAGUGGCAGUUACUAUGCCCCACCGCGGGGUACCUAUGAUGACUACAUUGAAUUUAUUAAGGUACUGCCUUGUUUCUCUCUGCUUGGGACAUAUACCAACUUUACUUAAAAUAGGGGAAGGGAAUGAGACUUGUGGGACAGAUCUUUAUCUCCCAAACCCCUGCAGGCCAAAUUUAAGGUCACACUGAUGUUAGGUGAGGUGACACUUUGAAGCCUCAACGAUUGCCUUAUCCUUGCGACUUCAAAGUGCUGUGCAGUCUCUGUGCAAGGGGCUUGCAAGGAGUCUGGUGUGGCCUUUUGAAGUCCUGAUGCUCAGCUGAUCUUUGGAACUUCAGAAUCCGGGUCAAUCAGCUAAUCAUUGGAGGUUCAGAAGCCAAGUGUGUGUAGUCUUUGAAACUCUGCAAGGGGCUUCUGAAUCCCUGUUAGCUGAUGGGCAGUACUAAGAAACCCCUUUUGACCCAGUUCAGCUGACAUUUAACUACCCACAACUGAUAUAUGACAUCAGGUGAUUGUCAGGUGACUGUGGAUUGGUCACAAUGACAGUGAGCCAAAUGGGGAGGUCUGGCAGGCCUAACUAAGCCCCCAGUCUUGAUGUUCCCUGUCCUUGACUUAAAGGGUCUCUUUCUGAAAUCCUUAGUCUAUAAUGAACUUCAUGUGGUUUGUUCUAGAAUCUCCCUUUCAGUCAGCAGCCAGAGGUGUUUGGAUUGCAUGAUAAUGUAGAUAUCUCAAAGGAUCUCCAGCAAACAAAAAUCCUCUUUGAAUCUCUGAUCCUGACACAAGGAGGAAGCCAUCAAGGAGGGUCUUCAGGUGGUGGUGACACUGCUUUGUAUGAAAUUGCAGAUGACAUCCUGAGCAAGGUAUUUAGUCUUUCCUAGAGAAAUUUCAUGCUCUGCAAGCACAGACCCUUCCUUACACAAUGAAUUUUCUUUGCAGAAGGGGGAGACUUUGUGAUAUAUUUUGUAUUGGUACCAAUGCUGAAAUUGAUCGUGCAUUUUAGGAGUACUGAAGCAAGCACAUAGUAUGAGAUUCAUAGCAAGAUCAGUUUCAUCCUUCAAAUCUAUAACUUCAGAAAAGUGCUACUUUUCUGUUUCAGUCACCAUCAGGUUUCAGCCCCACACUGGAACUUGGUUAGAAUUCCUGAAACAACCACAUGUUCAUUGUCUUCAUAUUGCCCCAUCAACAAUGAGUCUUAAAAAGAGUAAAACGACAGCAUUAGUCACAGCAAUAUUAAUCUGUGCCUCACUGGCUCAUUCACCUGUGUUGCUUGUUUGUGUAUUUGCACUAUAUAUGUCAAAAAGUCAGUUCUAAAUGUCACAAGAACCAUUUACAUAUGAGUGGGUAUAUCACCUUGCCAUUUCAGACAGCAACAGUGUACCCACAAACAAGUGGCAAGCCUAAAGAGGGUACUUCCUUUGCAGUGUCUGUCCAAACAUUGUAAGGGACGUUGUAUGAAAGUUACCGUAUUUUUCGUCCCAUAGGACGCUCCGUCCCAUAGGACACACCUAGUUUUUUGGAGGGGAAAUAAAGGGAAAAAAAUUCCCCUUUAUUUCCCCCCCAAAACCAGGUCGGGGAACAGCGGUAUGGCAGCGCUGCGCUUCCCAGCUGUCCCCUGAGCUUGUGGGGCUGGCCGAUGUCUGCCCAGCGCGUGGGGCGCUCUGCUUCAGGGCAGCCCGCGUGCCAGGCGGCAGGCUGCUAUCCGCAGCGUGGGGAGCCCUGCGGGAACUCCCGCAGGCUCCCGACGCUGCAGAUGUCUGCCCGGUGCGAGGGGCGCUCUGCUUAAGGGCGCACUGCGUGCCGGGCGGCAGGCUGCUAUCCACAGCGUGGGGAGCCCUGCGGGAACUCCCACAGGGCUCCCCACACUGCAGAUGUCUGCCCGGCGCGUGGGGCGCUCGGCUUCAGGGAACUGUGGGAACUCCCGCAGGCUCCCCAGGCUUGCUGAUAGCUUCCUGAAGCUUGGAGAGCGAGAGGGGUCGGUGCGCACCGACCCUCUCGCUCUCCAAGCUUCAGCGAAAGCCUGUAUUCGCCCCAUAGGACGCACACAGAUUUCCCCUUCAUUUUUGGAGGGGAAAAAGUGCGUCCUAUAGGGUGAAAAAUAUGGUAAUUUAUUUCACAAAGAAAUAGAUUUCCUUAGGACAAAACAAAAGAGGAGCCCUCCUCAAAGACAUGGGUUGGGGUUCAGAUGCAAACUGCACUACCUAUUACUACUGUGGCCUAGGAGAUUACCUGGGGAAAACAACUGGUAUAGACAUAGCCAGCUUUAUCAGGUCUGAGCCAGUUAGAUAUUCCUGUUAAUACUUUUUUCAUUGCAAAAUUCGAACUAGUGAAGAUUAAUUUGGUAAUGAUUUAUUGAGUUGCGCUGUGGUUCCUAAAAACCACCUUCAAUUCCCAUCUGAAUUAUAUGACAGCACAGAAUUAUCUAGAAAGCACACAAAGAGGUAAUGGUGAUGUUGUUGUCAAUAAGAAUUUGACUAUCAUUCAUUCAGCAUGAGUUUUCAUGUCAAUUUAUUAUGUUAUCACAGAAUUAAUAAAUGAAAACCUAUUUACCUAUUUACAUUUGUCAAAAUGGAAACAUAUGUCAACAUUUCUAGCUUCCAAGUGAUUAUGAUAUUGAAGCUGCACUUCUCAAGUAUCCUGUGAGAUAUGAAGAAAGUAUGAACACUGUGCUAGUACAAGAAAUGGAGCGCUUUAACAAGUAAGGGGAAUUAUUUUCUAUACUUAUAUUUUACGGCAUUAUUUUUUAAAAUAUAUUAAACUCCCAUGGAUUUCAUUAAUCCAUGUAAUCUUAAACUAGAAACAGUUGAUUUUGUAGUACAGCCAUCAUAACAUUGUAGUAUCAUUUUUUAAAUUAGUGGAUACAACAUUUGCAGGCCAUUUAUAACUGGUAAUUUUAGUGAUAUAUCUGUGUGUGUGUUUCUGCAUAUUUAGUUUAAUACGAACCAUACGUACAACUUUGGUGAACUUGAAGAAAGCCAUUAAGGGACUGGUUGUGAUGGAUUCUGAACUGGAAGCCCUUUGUGGCAGUCUCCUCGUUGGAAAAGUUGCUGAGAACUGGGCUAAGCGUUCAUACCCAAGUCUGAAACCACUUGGAAGUUAUAUCCUUGAUUUCCUAGAAAGGCUGAAAUUCUUACAGGUAAAGCAAGAAGUAUUGUGUUACUAAAUACUGUAAAUUUCUAAUAAAUGAAUUAGUUUAAUAAGAAAUAAUCAUAACAUUUGGAAUGUAUUUUGGGAAUCUUGUCAGUAAAGGAGUUUUUUACCAGCAUAAUUUACUUACAUAAGUUUGUAAAAUAUGAUACAUCUAUAGCCAGUAUGUUAAUCUCCUGUUCUUCUUCUAAGGAAUGGUAUGAAUCUGGAAAGCCCUGUGUCUUUUGGCUGUCAGGGUUCUUCUUCACGCAAGCAUUUUUAACUGGAGCGAUGCAGAACUAUGCGCGAAAAUACACUGUUCCUAUUGAUCUACUUGGAUAUGAAUUUCAGGUACAACAAGCUGCUUAAGCCACAUUUUUCAGAUUGGAUACAGCUUGCUACUAAUCUUUGGUGUUCAUAUGCUGUAAAGGGUUUUAUACCUGUUCCUCUUUUGUUGUGUGAAGUCAAGCACUUGUUCAGUAAUAUAGCUGACACAGAUCCAAAGAAAUAUAGUAAUAUAGCUGACACAGAUCCAAAGAAAACUAAUUUCACAUGCCCAAGGGGACUUUGGCUUAUAUUUCUCAAGCAGUUGCCAGGCCAAGUGGUCUACAACUUUUGAAGUUAACGAGACUUUCAGAAGCAAUUGUGCUUACUUCCAUACUAGAGCCCUUUAAUGCUGUUAUAGGAGGUUGCUUUUCCAUAAUUAGCUGGAAGUGGAAUUAAAACAAAGCACUUAAUAUAGUGCUGUUUUAUCCAGCAGUGCCCUUUUCCGUAACCAAGAUCCUUCCACAAGGGUUACUCACAAGUAAGUUGUUGUUGUUGUUGUUUAGUCGUUUAGGGGACACUGAGGAGCUGUGAGGAUAUGGGUGUGUGUGAAGGAGUUGGGAGGGAAUGGAAGGUCCAAAAAAAUAUUAAAAACAUUGAAAGCAAGAAUACAUCUCUAAAGCCAGAAAACGUGGGGAAACAACAUCAAGUUGCUAAGAUUGCCAUCAACCUUCACGUUUCAAAAGUACAGGUGAACCAAUAUGCCUUCAGUCUUCUUCUAAACACCAUCAGGCAUACCUCCCCAAGGAGAGAGUUCUACAAACAAGGGGCUAUCACAGGGCUCACAGCAGUCAGGCACUGGAGGCUUACUUCCUGUGCUGUCAGUGUUCUGGUUCUUCAGCAAGCACAGCAGAUGAAGUUUUGUGAGUCAAGGGUACCUUCUAAGUUGCAGUACCAGAUGGUUUGAAUGUUGUUAGCUAACUCCAUAGGCUAGUCCAGACCGCCCCAAAUCUUUGCCUCAGAGAACGAGCAGCUCAUUGCUGGGAGUAGCUGCUGAACAGUAUUGAAAAGCCCUUGCUCUGUCUGUCAUGCCACAUCUGGUUUUCUCCUCUGCCUGCUCCAAAACCAGCCCAUCAGCCCAUCUUAGCCCAUGUUAUGACCCUGUGGCCCUUCAGAGACUUGCCUGCCUGUUCCUGAAUCAGAUCCUCUCUGUGCCCUGGUGUACACUUUUGUCUCUGAAUGCAGUCAAUGCCUGUAUAGCAAAAUUUGUUUUAAAAUGUAGAGUAGAAGAGGUAUAAAUUGCAAGACUGUUUGGGGCAAGUAAGAUGCCACUCUUUCAGCCAUUGUCAACAAGAAGCAGGAGAUGGGUAGGGCCUGCAAAUAGAAAAUUUUAAAUUAAAGGCAUAGGAGCACUGAAAAGCCCCUCUAAUGCUUUGGCCGUCUGUGUUGGAAAGUUUGGUGCCAUAAUAGUGUUUCCAGCACCACCAUCGACACCACAAACCAUCUGAAAAAACACAACAGGAUAAAAAAAAAUGGAACUGCAACUUUAUUUAUUCUUUGAAAAUGUAUUUCUGUUUUGUUUAGGUUAUUCCUAAGGACACUUCUAAAGUUGCUCCAGAAGAUGGUGUUUAUAUUCAUGGAUUGUUUUUAGAUGGAGCACGCUGGGACAGAAAGAAGUUAGUAAUUCAGUAAAUGUGCAGUUAAUUGGCAUGUGUUAAAGUGCUUUCCCACAUCCUUCAUGCAUGCUAAUAUUUAAUUUCUUUUAAUAUCUUGACAUAUUUUUAAUAUUGAAAUAAUAUUUUAAGACUACAGUACUUUCCUCUAUCAAAUUAGAUUGAAAAACAAUAUGAAUGUAUUUGUUCUAGCCAUCAAAGCACUUUUUAUAAAUAUAGUCAUGUAUUAUUUGCUAUAUUGAUUUGAAGACAAACUUCUGCUUGAAAUAUUUGAAAACAUUCUCACAGCAGUAGUAUUCCUACAGCAUGUUACAAUAUCAAAUCAUGAUUUUAAAUUAUUUUUAAACCGGCAGAGGGUGUCCUUUUUCAGCCUGAGCACCAGAUGGCAGAACUGUCCUAUCCUCUAUGGGCCACUUUACAGUGGUGGGUGGGGCCACUCACUUGUCUAUUGAGUGAUGUCAAUAUUAUGAUUUUUUUAUUAUUAGAUUUAUAUUGCAUCAUUCCUCCAAUGAGCUUAAGGCGGCAUACAUAUCCCCCUCUUUCCCUGUGAAGUAGGCUAGGCUGAAAGACAAUGACUGGCCCAAGGUUACCCAGUAUGGAUCAUUGGUACAUAGGGAUAUGAACCCUGGUGUCCCAGGUUGUAAUCCAGCAUUUUAACUGCUACACAAGAACUUGCUGUCGGUGAUGAUCAGCUCACUGGCAAUGACAGCAAGCUCUCCUUUGUCCAUCUGCAGAUGCAGCCAAGCAUCUAGCAAAACUGUCUCCAGAAGAAAAACCUCUGUUUGUAGGUUAGGGCCAGCCCAAGACAUUUUGACAGCUGAAGUAAAUCACAAAAUGGGACCACUACCCUUCCACUGGCAAAGAAGGGGUGAGUGAAGAUCUAAAUCAGGAAGAAGCUCAUUAGCUUCAUUAGCUCAUUAGAGCACCCAGAAAACUAUUUUGGAGCAGUUGUUUUUUGAAGUUCAGGUUUAUGGCAUCUUUUAACUUCAGUCUUCCUUUCUUCACAACACUUUUUUCUUUUUCUGCCCCCUUAUUUCUAUUACACUUUCUUUUUCAGAUCUUCUUUAGUAUCUAUGCCAGUAUUAUGUGUGUUGUGUACAAUUGUUUUUCACUGUUCUUUUUUUUUCUUUCAUCAGAGGACUUCUAGCUGAACAAUAUCCUAAAAUACUCUUCGACGCAAUGCCAAUUAUAUGGAUAAAGCCAAGUAAGUAAACUGGAUAUUUGGCAAAUAAUGAGCUGGAAAUGUCCCAUCCUACUGUAUAGUAGAUCUCUUUCAUCUUCAGUGACCUCUUAGAUUGCUUUGUUUGCACUUUCUGACUAUAUAUUUUAUUUUUUCUGUUUUCCUAAAUAUCUGGAAAUCUUCUUUGGAGAAGAGAUUUACUCUUUUCCUUCCUAUGUAUUCUUUUGCUGACUUAAUUUGAAAUGCAUGUUUUAAAUCUGAAUCCUGGACAUAGUUUGGAAACUGCAACAUAAAUAUUUUUCUUUUGGUAGUGACUGGUAAACAAAGAAGAGUAGCAUUUUGUUUCAUGUUUGUCCAUGUAGUGUCCUAUUCGUCAGGAUAACAUAAGCAUGACAAAUGAAUUAUAAUUAUUAUUUAACAUAUUUGUGCAUUACCCCUGAAAUAGAAGAUGUGUGUGUGUGUGUGUGUGUGUGUGUGUGUGUGAUCAAAGGGCCAUUAUUUCAGGGCUAAAUCUGUAAAGCGUCUGAUUGGAUUGCAAGUGGGUGAACUUAAUGAUGAACUUAGACUUAAUGGGUAAACAGAAUUGUAAUUGGGUCUGUGGCUCCUAAGUCAAAUCUAUGGGCUCACUUUCAGACGGUCCUUAAAUAGAUAGUAUGUGAUUAUUAUCCAGCACUGCAUUCUUUUACUUCAGUAUCUCUGUUAAACUUUAAUACCUUUUGACAAUUCAGAAGUUAAUAGUAUUUGGAAAUCAAUGUAUUUCUGCAUAUACAUUAAGGUCAAUUACUCAGCUCCUUACACAUGUAGGAGCUUGGAUGUCAUUCAGUAUCAGAGCUGAAAAGCCAAGCAGCAAUGUCAUCUGUAGUACCUGUUGCAGGACUACAUGACACCUGCCUUCCCCACUCGGGUGCCUUCCAGAUGUUCUGGACUAUUUUUGACUAUGGGUGGAGGGCUGGCUUUUCUAAUGCUCUCUGAUGUUAAGCUCAAGCAGACUCUGGGUGCUGUUGGAUCCAGUCCUUACUUUGGCUGUGCUGGUGUCACGCAGAGUUCCUGUCACUGGUUUAAGAUGGUGCCCAGUUCCUGGAUGAGGGUUAAAUUUAAUUUCCUAGAUAUGUUUAGGUCUUGUUUGAUUUUAUUCACUAAUUCCUGCCAAACCACAUCAACAGCUUACAGAGCUGAAAGAAUGGGUAUAUUUUUGAAUAAACAAAUAGACGUAAAAGAAAAACCAGCAAACCAUACUCCCUGAACUAAUUUGUCAAGGAGAAGUCUAAGCUAGAAUCUCCCCCUUGACUUGCAGAUCUGGUAGGUGUAGGAUUUUUAAAUAUACCCUUGGGGCAGCCCUUAUGACUUUGAUAGCCCCGCCUGCAGCCUGAAUUCAUACAAUCCAGCAACAGAUGCAUCAUGUUGGGUGGCUGUUCUUUUCUGCCUCUUGAUCAAACUGAUUCUGCUGUGUUACAGGGUAGCCUACAAAUUGUUGCUUGCAUAAGUUUGAACAGUAAUUUUUUCUUAGGCUCUACUGAAUAAAAAAACAUAUUUAUUUAGCACUGAAAUUAUUUAUGCAAUACAGUAUUCUCAAUAUUUUUUAACAGAGCAUAAUAAAAAUUGUUUUUUUUCCUCCUUACAGCAAAAAAAUCAGCCAUAAAAAAAUCAAAUGCUUACAUGUGUCCACUCUACAAGACAAGUGAGCGUAAAGGAACCCUUUCGACCACUGGGCAUUCUACUAACUUUGUCAUUGCAUUAAUGCUAUUAACUGAUCAACCAGUCCAGCACUGGAUUAAGCGAGGGGUUGCUCUGCUUUGCCAGCUGGAUGACUAA